UUCUACAUAUAAUGAUAUCACGUGACUAUCACCAAUGUAAACUAUCAUGGCGGAUUAAGGUGGAAUGUAACCAUGAAAAAGAUGUGAAAUUUAAACGACUUUGCGGUUAAUUUAACUACUUUACACGAAUUAAGAAGAAUGGAUUUAUAAGAUUAUGAUAAAAGAGGUAAAACUGUUUUGAAAAAAAAGAUAAACAAUGGAAGAUAAUAUUGACAAAUCAAAAGCAACAGCCAGAUCAGCAGAAUUUUCUGCUAGUAAACCUCUUCCACCCAUUGGUUCAAAUAAUGACCAAGACGAUGAUGCUAAAUCAAAUGCGUCUUCAGCAGCCUUUGAUCAUCCAGGUGAAGGUAGCGCAAGGCCUCGCAUUGUACGAGGUUUUCGACCUGAGGUUCUGUCAGAUGAUGCAAUGGAGAAGGAACAACAACAACAAAUUGGAAGAACUGUCUCAUUCUCUAAUGGCCGUGAAGUUACAUCAAAACGUCGUACAUAUGAUGGUAGAGAAAUCACGUUUGUCACGUUAAAUACCCAGACUGACUGGGACUGGGUGGAGGAAGUAGAGGCGACUGGUACCGCUAGAACCAUCGGAGAAACAGGAAGUAUCGGCGGUAAAGAGAAAGGGGAAAUAUCACCAAGGUCAGCCUCCAGUAAACCAGAGCCGUCAGAAGAUAAACCGACCCCGGAUGUGUCACAGUUCCAAAUGCCAUAUAGUGACGAGUACGGGAUUCCAAUCCUAGAUCUCAGUAGCGACACGGAUGACAGCUCCGAUGAUGAGGUAUCACAUAGGAAAGUUAAAGAUGACCGAACAUUUAUGCCGAGCGUCGGUCCACCGAAUAUUUUACAGUAUCAAAGGGAAUCAGAAAAGCAUGAUAUUCCAGUAGAAGAUCCAGAAGCCCGCGCUGAAGGCCCUGAUUAUGAUAAAGAUGAGUCGGGUGUUACCCAUGGGAUGUUUUCCGGAAAUUGUGAAUUCUGUCAUACACCCAUUAAACCUUUCCCUACUGUUGAAACAGCAGACGAAGGUAAAAAUAAACCUCCUGAGGUGCUAUAUUGCUGCAAUGAAUACAGGGAGUUUGUUGAGUUUGUUCUCAGCACGUCCACUGAGAUGGAAGAAGAGCAGACGAAGAAGAAUAAACUGAUUGAUAUUAAACCUCAUGAGCAUGUUGGCUCGAAACAGGAACGUAACGCGGCUAAAGAGAAAGCUGUGCAAAGAAUGAGGGAACGUGAGCUGCAAAGAAGACAACAAGAGGCCAGUGGACUACAACAAAACUUCUUUGCAUCUGCUCCCGGUGGUAAACAAAGUUUAAUGAAAAUUCCCGCAGGCCUUGGUAACCUUACUAUGAAGGACAUGUACGAGGCAAAUUUAGAGCCUUCAAAUAUAAUCCUCGACUGUUUGGACACGUGUCCAUCGAGGUCUAAGUGCAGGCAUUCGCCUGCUGUAGCAGCAGAAGAAAAAAAGGGGCUUACAAAUCUGCAGGAAGGGGGUGAAAUUAAAGGUGGGGAGGUGGUUGUUAGGAAGAGAUUGAUAAGUAAAGGUCACACAGUUGCCUGCGAGGCUUAUCAGGUCUGCCAGAUAGCAAGUGAAUAUCUACAGGCAUUAAGGAUGAACAGCGACGUUGCCCGUCAGAUGAAGACUAUAAACUACCAGCUGUCGUCACAGAAAUGUCUCGAGGAAGGUUGGACGUUGCGGGCCCCGUCACCUCUCAUGGAGGAUGCAGGAGACGACGUGUUUACACCUGAACCACUACAUCCGGAAAUGUUAGCAGACGGCAAGUUGCGAGAUCGACCUUUGAUCGAGAAGUUUUACGAGAAUGGAAAGAAAUUUUUAACCAUGUUCCCGGACGGAACUGGCAACGUGUUUUAUCCAUCUGGAAAUCUUGCCAUCCUGCUGUCAUCUGUAAAGCUAGGUCAGUAUAACUACACGAUACAUCCAGAUUCACAGAGGUCAGGUGUGGCCGCAGCAUUUGAACCAAACGGUCUUGGAUACUGCUACUUUCCUAAUGGCGAUAUCAGGUUAUAUAUAGAUCAGUAUGGGGGAAUAGAGCUUGAUAACUUUGGUGCCAGACGUCGUAAAUGGAGCUGGAAAGAUCAGGUCACCCACGUACAUGCCCCUCCCUUCCAGCCUAUAUGUAUAGGUAUAAAUAGACAUAUGGGAAUACGUGUUAUGAGCCAGGAUAAUAUAUCCCUGACAUUCAGCGCUAGUAAGAGAAGUUGUAGAUUUAACAUGGGAUCUAGACUUAAGUUGGUGGCUCCAGAGAAUGCUCCACUUAAAGAGGUGGAGGAGGAAUAUAUUUUCCUAGAGGAGAAGAAAAAUCAUGUGGAUGCUUUAUUGAAUAAGGUGGCUAACUUGCUAAAAUUCCCGAACAACCCAAAACUGGAGAAGAUGUUGCCACCUCUGCAUAUAACGUCCAAACAGACGAAGACUGAGAAGAUGAAGAAAGAUCGUCAACUGUACCUGGCGCAACAAUCUGCUCGGGAAAAGAAACAGCCGUCCAUUACUGUAACUUCAUAAGGAAUUUGUUACAUAGGAAUAUUUACAUUUUAUAUUUACAUAUACAUAUAUUUUGACAUAUAUUUUGACACAAAUGCUUGUUCGAUUGUAAAUAAUUCAAUUCUUGUUAAUUUGUUGGGACCUGUUCAUUGUUAUGGAACAAUAAAAUCAUUGAUUUUG